AUGUCACAACUCACAGAACGGGCUCUUCAGCUAGGUGAGGAAAUCUUGCCAUAUUUCACCAAAUGGUAUUCGUUGUUAAUACUCCCCAUCUUGUUAUAUGUGGCUCUACUCAAUAUCAAGGAGUUUUAUUGCUCGUGGAAAUUGGGAUGCAAAAACCCGCCUUAUUUGGCAAUGGCUGGAUGGACAGGUGUCUACCCUUUAUACCGUGUUGUUAAGGAGAAAAAUGAGGGUAGGUUGGCUGAUUUUGGCGAUAGUGUAUUCGAUGAUUACCCAACUCGUACUUUUUACUUGAGAGUUGCUGGUGUUAUGAAAAUUAUGUUUACCGUUGAUCCCGAAAAUAUUAAAGCAGUUUUGGCAACUCAGUUUAACGAUUUUGGUUUAGGUAUUAGACACGCUCAUUUCAAGCCUUUGUUAGGUGACGGUAUCUUUACCUUGGAUGGCGCAGGAUGGAAGGAUUCAAGAGCUAUGUUGAGGCCUCAAUUUGCUAGAGAACAGGUUGCCCACGUUAAGGCAUUAGAACCACAUAUUCAAAUGUUGGCUAAACACAUUCGUCAACACGAUUUUAAAACUUUUGACUUGCAAGAGUUAUUUUUCAGAUUCACCGUGGAUACAGCUACUGAGUUUCUCUUUGGUGAAUCGAUUAAUUCUUUAUAUGAUGAGAAAUUGGGUUUUCCUCCACCAAAUGAUAUUCCAGGUCGCGAAGAGUUUGCAGUGGCUUUUAAUACAUCACAGCACUACCUUGCAACAAGAACUUAUUCACAAGUUUUCUAUUGGAUGUUUAAUAACAAGGAGUUUAAAGAUUGCAACAAAAAGGUUCACCGUGUAGCUAAAUAUUUUGUUAAUCGAGCAUUGAAUUUUACUCCCGAGGAACUUGAAGAAAAAUCAAAAGAUGGCUAUGUUUUCCUUUAUGAAUUGGUUAAACAAACUAGAAAUCCACAAAUUUUACAAGAUCAAUUGUUGAAUAUUAUGGUUGCUGGUAGAGAUACCACUGCUGGAUUGUUAUCCUUUACCAUAUUUGAAUUGGCUAGAAACCCUCAUGUUUGGAAGAAAUUACGAGAAGAAAUUUUGGAACAUUUCGGUACCGGCUCUACUCCAGAAGAAAUUGGUUUGAUUACUUUUGAAAGUUUGAAAAAAUGUGAAUAUUUGAAAUUUAUCUUGAAUGAGGUUUUGAGAUUAUACCCAUCAGUGCCAAUAAACUUUAGAACUGCCUUGAGAGAUACAACAUUACCUCGUGGUGGUGGUAAAGAUGGUAAUUCGCCAAUAUUUGUUCCUAAAGGUUCUACUAUUGCUUAUACCGUUUACAAAACUCAUCGAUUAGAAGAAUUUUACGGUAAGGAUUCAUACGAGUUCAAGCCUGAAAGAUGGAAUAAUAUGAAACGUUUAGGAUGGGCUUACUUGCCAUUCAAUGGUGGGCCCAGAAUUUGCUUGGGUCAACAAUUUGCCCUUACUGAAGCCAGUUAUAUUAUUACCAGGUUGGCCCAGAUGUUUCCUACUUUGAGCUCUAGAGAUGAUGAAUACCCUCCUAGAAAGUAUAUUCAUUUAACCAUGAAUCUUGAAAAGGGUCUUUUUGUAGGAAUGAAGUAG